UCUUUGUCGGCCGGAUCACAUUAAUCGCGCGCGUGGGUGUGGUUAAAGAAUCCCGUUUGAGGCGGUUCUGAGCCUCGAUCAAGUCUGAAACUGUCCACAACAACACCAAUCCGCAGGCGCCGUUCCCGAAAAUAAUGGAAAGGGGGCGUCGUUUGUGUCUCCUCCUAUCCAGGCUCCCUACCGGUUCCCCAGGUUCUAGUGUGCGGUCGAUUGUGCGCUCGUCAACAUGUUAGUCCCACCGGAUAUGCUGGCAGCCCAAUCUAAGAUGCUUUACCAAAUCAACAAAUACUACGGCGAAAGGGUCCAAACCCGGAUGGGUACGAUUUCGAAAACGAUACGAGAGGUAUGCAAGGUAGUCCAGGACGUCCUUAAGGAAGUGGAAGUGCAGGAACCUCGAUUCAUAUCGUCACUGACGGAAUGCAAUGGGAGAUAUGAAGGCUUGGAAGUGAUCUCGCCGGUUGAAUUCGAGGUGGUUCUUUAUCUAAACCAAAUGGGAGUAUUUAACUUUGUGGAUGACGGAACGUUACCAGGAUGCGCCGUUCUGAAGUUGAGCGACGGAAGGAAGAGGUCCAUGUCCCUAUGGGUCGAGUUCAUCACCGCAUCCGGAUACCUCUCCGCUCGUAAGAUCCGGUCGAGGUUUCAAACGUUGGUAGCACAAGCUUGUGAUAAGUGCGCCUAUCGGGAAUGCGUGAAGAUGAUAUCGGACACGACCGAGGUUAAGUUGCGAAUUCGGGAACGUUAUGUUGUGCAAAUAACUCCCGCCUUCAAGUGUUCCGGUGUUUGGCCGAGAUCGGCGGCCCAUUGGCCCGUUCCGCACGUUCCGUGGCCCCAUCCUAACCUUGUAGCGGAAGUAAAAACUGAAGGUUUUGACUUGUUGUCGAAAGAAAGUGUCACGGCUCAGGGAAAACAAUCGGCUAUGGAAGGCGACGCGUGGGUACUGUCGUUCAACGAGGCAGAAAAUCGUCUUUUACAAGGGGGCUGUCGCAGAAGGUGUCUCAGUAUCCUGAAAACGUUACGGGAUAGGCACCUGGACUUGCCCGGUAACCCCGUAACCAGUUACCAUUUGAAAACCCUUCUCUUGUAUGAAUGUGAAAAACAUCCUAGAGAAAGCGAGUGGGAUGAGUCCUGUUUGGGUGACAGGAUCAACGGGAUCUUUUUGCAACUGAUUUCGUGUUUACAAUGUAAAAGAUGCCCGCAUUAUUUCCUACCUAACUUAGAUUUGUUCAAAGGAAAAUCGCCGAGCGCGCUAGAAAAUGCUUCCAAACAGGUGUGGAGACUAACACGAGAAAUGCUGACCAAUACGAGGUGUCUGGAAAAACUAUGAACGAUGAUCCUAUCGAUCCGACGGGAUUAAACGUUUAAAAGCAUUCCUAACGACUGAUUUUACUUUAUAAAAAUCAUAAACAGUAACAUCCAAAUAUUCAUUAACGUUAUCAUUACUUUAUGAAAAAUGUUCACGGAAGAUCAUCAUCUAUAUUGUUACUUUUCUUUAUGACGAAGUAAAUCGUUAGUUCCUAGUAUCUAUUCAUUUAUAGUACUUAUAAGUAUUACGAUUUUCGUGAAUAAAAUUAUAAUCUUCGGGUUCAGAAAAGCUUUGAUAGAGUAAAAAGCUCGCAAUUUCUGUACUGAUUUUUAAUGCUUUACAGGCCCGUAUUUGAGUGCCAUAUAAUUGUGAUAACUAAUACUUAUCUUCUUACAAUAAAUUGUACUGCUACGUAAUAUAUAAUAAGUAUUUAGUACGACUUUUUCGGUAGUUAUUACCAUUUCAAAAGUUUUUCUGUGAUUAUUCGGUUAUGACUAAAUUUUCUUUCUUUCGAAAACAUGCACAAAACGUGCUGUCGACUGUACUGAAGUAUUGUAAGAUAUUUGUACAUAUAAAAAUGUAUACCUAACUAUCUAGUUGUAAGCUUAUAAUUGUUGCAAUAUUUGAAAUUAACUGUAUAGGUAUCUCAUUAGUCAAAUAAAAUAUAUGCCGAAUCUA